AUGUUUCCUACAGAAAUUUGGGAGCUGAUAAUAAAUUUCAUAAACGACCCGGGGGAGCUCAUGCGGCUGAGGUGCGUCUGCCGGAAAUUCCACGACCUGAUUGAAGUGAAGCUGGUGAACUCAAAGCUAUGGGAGAAUUUGUGUCUGGAGCACAAUAUUUUACCCUGGAAGGAUCAUAUUGUCAGGACGAGGUUCCCAAAGGUUGUAAAUAACAAAAACUUCUCUCUUGAUCUCCACCAGCGCACCUGGAAAAGGAUUUUUUUUUCGUACAAAAAGUGGUCCGUUUUACCCAAGGUUGAGAAAAAGUAUGAUAGCUUUGAUUUUGGUGGAAAAUUUGGUGACGGAAAUGCCUCAAUUACUUGUACUAGUAUUUGGAGUAACGUUGGAUUAACGCAUCGUUUUUUCUCUGAGUGGAACUGUCGAAUCACGGAACACGAAUGGAACGCCCCUCAUCUAUCAGUCAAGCGUUCCUUCGACUUUUGCUGUCCUAACCACGGCGAUUGUACGAGAAAAAUAUUGGCAAUGUACCACGACGAUAACGGAUUGAUACUGAAAGCGUUGGCGGACUCGAUAUACAUAUUUACCUACACAAUAGACUUCCUAGAGAACGGGAGGCGGAACAUAACAAUUACCGAGUUCUACAAAUUGCAUCCGGAUAAGAUUGAGGCCACUGAUUUGUUCAUAAGGUACAUUGCGAUAAACAAAGUUGCCUUUGUUGCGGAUAACAAACACCUGUAUAUUUUGUUCGACGGUCUGGGAACCAAGAUGUCGGAUGAGAACUACAGCACUCGCGGCCCCUACCGGCGGUUCCAGAUUCCUGUCUCUUCUAUUAUCAUGCAUUCAAAUUUGAUAAUUAUGGGACUUACUGACGGUACACUGUGCCUCAAAUAUUUCAAUGAAUUCAAGGACCUGGACACCAUUAAUUUCCGGGUGGGUUUAUUCAGGACGGUGAAGCUCGACACCAAGCCGAUAAUAUCUCUGAAUAUAACCGACUUUAACGGGAAUCCCAGUGUAAUUGCGAGUACAGAAUCUACUGUACAUCUCUUGCAUUACUUGUCGAAAGUGUAA